AUGGGCAAGUACACGGUUUCCAUGUUGUACUAUAUGUCCUUGUCGCUUUACCGGAUCGAGACAAUCAAAAAAUACAAAGUUCUACUAAUUUUCUGGGCGGCCACUAACUCCGUUUAUUCCAGUAUAUGGGAUAUAGUGAUGGACUGGUCUUUGUUUCAGUUUGACUCCAAGCAUUUCCUCUUGCGUGAUGAAAUCACUUUCAAGUAUCCAAGUGCCUACUAUUUGGCAAUGGUUACAGAUGUCAUUUUGAGGUUUCAGUGGAUUUUCUACGUACUGUUUCCGACACAAAUUCAGCAAAGUGCAAUUACCUCUUUCUGUAUUGCAAUAGCGGAGAUAUUGAGACGAUUUGUUUGGAUCUUUUUCCGUAUGGAGAACGAACAUGCCACCAACGUUCAUCUAUUCCGUGCAUCACGCGAGUCUCCGUUACCAUAUUCAGUCAUCAAGCGCAAGCGCAACGCUCUGAAAUCCAAGCAUGGGAUGGAUGACGACAGCAAGGACAUCACCGAACAGGAUAUCCGUAGAAGGGGAGGCUACGUCGUCCACGACCUGGAAAGAGGGGACGGUGCAGGCGGGACGAACACCACCACCGGCGCAACCGGAGUGCAUGUGCAGACGCCGAAACUGGCAUUUGCAAACUCUAGCGGGGUCCGUUUUGCAGGCAGCCACAACGGUGUCAGGUCCACAAUGCUACCCGAAACGUUCCAGACGCCUGGCUCGAAGACCGAUCUCUCUGCCACAGAGGAUGGCCAGAGCAAGGUCACCGAUCGCAGCAGCAACGGCAGCAAUGGAUACACCAGCGGCGUGGUUUCUUCUGUCUCCCGCUAUGUGCAACAGCUUUCGCAGGUCAUGCGAAAUGCCCACAUCAAGGACUUCCAGCGCCGCAAGGUGAACAAGAAGCGGAUGAUGCAGGAGGAGGAGGCUGCCGAGGAGGAAGAGGCCGCAGACGAGGAUGACGAUGACGGUGACGAUGACGAUGGCAGGCGUCGGCACAGACGCAGAAGCUAA